CCUCAUCAGCCCCCUUCCUGUAUAUCUGUCCCUGGUCUCAUUCCUUGCAUAUACCCAGCCCAAGCAUCUGCUAUUGAGCGCUGCACAAUCUGGGACUGAACUGUAAAUAUGGCGACCGUAAAGUUGGCCGACCCUGGUGCCGUCAUGGCAGCGUACGACGCGGUCAUGCGAGAAGACGCGAAUUGGAUGCUCCUUGGUCACACGGAGCCCUCUGACCCUCGCGAUGUUCUCGCGCUGCUCGCAUACGGCCCAGGUGGUCUCCCUGAGCUCAAGCGGCGCAUGCUGCAGGACCCUGAUCAAGCCCUCGUUGCCUUCUACCGCGAAGACAACUCACGAUACCCAGCAAGCUGCCUCCUCAUCGACUACAUACCCCCACAUACGUCUGCUGGCCUGCGAGCACGCACACACGUCCACUCGCGCCGCCUCGGCGCGCUGCUCAAGGCCCACCAAACAACGCUCACCGUGGACAGCCUCGCCGUCCUCACCGCCACCGCUAUCGCCCAAGCCCUCUCCGACACCCGCAACCCGCUCGUCAUCGAGGUCGGGCAGACCGAGCCAUUCCCCGCCGACAGCGGCUUCAGCGCGGACGUCGAUCAGAGCACCAUCAAGGACUACCGCCCCCCGCCGCAUCACGAAGCAGACCAGAUGGAGCCCCCGCGCCGAUCCUUCUCCACGCAGUACUCCUCGCCGCGGUCGCGAUCGCCGUCGCCGCCGUAUGGUCGGUCGCCGUCGCCGCCCUCACGCUCGCGCGCGGGGAGCAUGUUCUCCUCCCUCCUCGGGAAACGACGCUCCAAACGACGCGCGCGCGGCCGCUCGGAGGACCUCCCCCCGCCGACGCCGCCCAAGGACAAAGGCGCGUCCCCCCGUCGCCCCCGCACCGCGGAAGUGCUCGACCACUACCCCGUGCACGCGAGUAACUACUACAGCCCGCCCGUCGCGGAGCAGUACUACGCGCACAUGACGAGCCCCUCGCCAACGCCGUCCCUGCCGCCGAAGCCCGAGGACAGGGAUGGAGACGCGAACAGCCUGUCCUUCACGACGGACGACGAGCUGUUCGCGGACGCUGGGCACAGUGGCGACGUGCGCACGCCGACCAUGAUUGAGCUGCCGCGCGAGUCCACGGCUAUACCCAGCGCCUUCGUGCCCCCGCCGCGCAAGUCCUCGCUGACGCACCGCGCACCCUCGCCGCCGCCUGUGCAGCAUCACGUCGUCCCCUUGCCUGACAAAUGGGCUUCCGUCGUUGUCAUCCCCGACCCCGCCGAGCGCGCGCGCCGGCGCAUCGAGCUGCAGCGCCAGCGCGACCGCGAGGAAGAGGAAGCUAUGCGGCAAGAAGAGGAGCGCCAGCGGCGCCUCAAAGCAGAACGCGAAGCCGAGCGCCGGCGCGAGGAAGAGGAGGAGGCAGCCCGGAAGGCCUCGCUCGAGCUCGAGAUCAAGCGCGCGACGUCCGAGCGCCGGCGGCGCGAGCAGCAGGCGCGGGAGGAGGAGGAACGGAAGGCGCGCGAGAUCGCAGAGCGCAAGCGACUCGACCGCCUACGGCGGCAGGAGGAGCACCGGCGCCUCGAGCAGUGGCGCGCGGACCAGGCGCGGGCGGCGGAGGAGGCGAAGAAGCGGGAGGAGCAGACGCGGAAGAGUCUCGAGGUCGAGAGGAAGCGCAAGAUCGAACAGGCGGAGGCGAAGGUGAAGGCGGCGGCGUCGGACGCCCUGAUUACGGGCUGGGUGACGGUGCAGACGCCGGAGUGGCCGCUUGAGUGGCGGCGGCGGUUCUACAAGGUUAUGGGUGAUACGCUGUUCUUGUAUCGCAGUCAGAAGGAUCGCGCACAGUACCUCGAUCAGGUCUACCUCCGUGGAAAGCUGCGCGGCUUGAAGGAAUGGAACGAGGGGUACGAGGAGCUGGAAUCCAUUCCGUAUUCAUUCGCGAUCGAGUUCAAGGACGAGCGUGGGUCGUGGUCUGCCUUUGCAGACAACGAGGAAGAGAAGUUCAAGUUAUUGGCACUUCUCAAACAAGCAGCUGGACUGUGAUUUGGUGUUGUGGUUAUCAACCGAUUUAGUGAUGGAAGAUAGUGGAAGAGGACCUUGGAUUUAUGGAGGACCCUCACUGUUGUACUUGUAUCACGACCUCAUGCCGUAGACUAUAGCGCUACAACCCAUAUACCCCCGUAACACUUUCGUUGCUAUGCCAUACGUGCUAGCUGUCGACCUUGAGCCUCCUGUGGCGGAAAGGUGCCGCUAACCACUUCCAU